GACGAGAGGGUGUGCAUGCAUUUGAUAGGAACUCUCUUUGGGAUGUUGCAUUCUGUGGAAGACAGCAGUGCCCUGAACCUGUUAGUUGAAGUUCUGGUGAGGCUUGUUGUGGAGCUGAAGUCAGAACAGUACUUAUACUGCAUUUUGGAUGAAAGUCAGAAGGAGCUGUGCAAAGCAGCUACCAUGAGAAGCAGCCUGCCCACAUUUUCCCUCUUGGGCAAGCUGGCAGAUGCCAUUCCAGGCUUUGCUGAAAUACUGGUGGUAAAGCACAAUAAUUUAAUGGAUCAUCUGCUGAUGGGCUUAACAUACCCAAAUGAAGGGAUAAAAGCUGCUGUCUGCUACUUGUAUGGCAAGCUGUACUCCUCUCCUGUUGGCACAGAACGGCUCUCAGGACACUUUGAAGAAAGGCUCUGUGGUGUCUUCUUGAAUACUCUGGGGUGUGCACAGACAAAGGAGCUGCAGGUUAAUUGCUUGGGUUUGCUAAAGGAGCUGCUGAAAUCUGAUAAUUUUGUAUCCAUUCUUAUGAAUAAUGCAAAGACAGAGGAGGAGACUGAGAACCCUGACUUUUUAGAAGGGGAAAAUCCACUGCCACUUGUUCUCAAAAAGCUCUUGUUGACCAGAGAUGAGAUGUUACAGGCAGCGAGUUCUCACUGUAUGGCUGCAGUGCUGGUUCACUCUCCUAGCAAAUAUGCUCCUGCUUUUAUCCAUGCAGAUGUUCCAGAAUUCCUCUUUGAGUGUCUCUUGUGCAAAAGUGAAAUCCUCAUGUGGUCAGUGUACUGCUGCCUGCUCCUCCUGACUGAAGAGCGCCUUUUCUUCUCCAAGUGUCACACUGUCUAUGGCAUUGAAUCUCUGGUGAGGAGUCUCCGAGGUGUCCUGCUGCUGAACAAUGUGGAGUUGCACAAACAAGGUCUCCUGCUCUUCACAGAAAUACUGAAACGGCAGCCAGUGGAAAUCAAAUUGUUCACAAACCGAGGUGUAUGCAUAGAAGCCAUUGAUGUUUUGAUGGAGACAGUGAACUGCCCAGUGCUGGAGGUGGUGGUGGAGGCUGUGAAAGCUGUGGCCGCUUUCCUGAGGAAGGAUCAUCUGAGCUCCCCUCCAGUCCCAUAUGAAGAACUGCAGAAGCUUCUGGAGGCAGUGCUGAAGCGAUGUGCUGACCUUUCUCCACCACAGAGUAAUAAGAGGCAUGCAGGCGAUCUUCUAUUCUCAGUGUCUCAGAGUCACUCGGCAAACAGAAAUCUUGGUAGAGUUCCUCAGAGACAGGGUCAGUUCUUGCUCAAUACCCUGGAAAGUUUCAGAAAUGCUUGCAGGUUAGCUGUGGAAUUCCAGGGUGACUUCAUGGCCCAGGAGAAUGCUUUCACUGCCCCCAACUCUGAGAGCAAAGACACACUAAGCAACUUCUCUGAGUUCCUGUUGAGGAUUUGUGACAGCCUCUGCAUCCCCAUGGUCAUGAGCUAUCUGGAAAGGGCUGUCAGCCCAUCACUGACGGAGGUUUUCAUCUCAACACUCACUACCCUCUUUACAGUGGUGCCAAGCAUGCAGAAUAAGUUCUCCAAGAAGCUGGCAUCCUCGUCCUUCAUCCGACUGACACUGGAGCUGAAGGCCAGAUUUUGCUCUGUACAGAGUAAUCCUGUCCUGAAUCACACCUGUUCCAGCUUCCUCUGCAGCUUAUGCCUGAACCUUUAUUCAGCCACAGAGAAGACAAGAACUUCUUCUCAGGAGGAGCAGGAGAUGUCUGAGCUCCUGCAGAAGGGUCUGCCUCAGUUAAACUACACCAUUGCUGAAAGCCUUCUCCUCCUGUCUGAAACCCCUGAGCCUUUCUUUUUGGAUCAGUCUCUUUGCAGCCACCAGCACUGUUUUGUGCUACUCUUAUACUUUGCCUACACCUUCGGGGACAGGUUUGUUCCAGAUGCAGAAUUAUUUCUAGCUGUAAGAAAUUUUCUCCUGUCAGCACAGGACCAUGGAGACUGUCCCCCUCCACACAUACUCAGAGCUGCACUUUACCUCCUUGCUGUCUGUCAGGACAAAGGCAAAGCCCUGGACAUGAGAUCUUUGUCUACCAUAAGAAGGAUGCUGGAUAAUCUUCCAGAUCUGAGCUUGGUCUAUGUCCAUUGUCCUCUCCUGCUGAAAUUCUUCCUGCGCUACCCUGAACUCAUGGGGAGAUUUGGACACCAAGUCCUCCAGCUCUGGUUUUCCUGGGAAGACUGUAAGCAGACUGAGGUUGAAGAAGCUGAUUUUGGCUCAUCUGAUCAGCUGAACAGUGCUAACCCAUUGCUUCCCAUUCUGAAGAGCAAUUCCAGCAUUUUGCUUAUUUUACUGGACCUAGUCUGCUCAAGUUCUGUGGAAGUGGCUUGGAAGGUGUUGAUGACUCUAAGGACCUUUCUGGAAAGAAAUGAGGAUGUCCUUGUCUGUGACCUCCUUCGGAGCCGAUUUUUACAGAUUCUGCAGCAGCUGCUGGUAGAGAGCAGCUCAGCCACCCUACAAGCUAACAGGAACCUGCCUGUUUUGCUGAGCCUUCUUUUCCUGGUGCAGCUGCGGAGCAAAGGCAUAAGGGAGCUGGACAGCACAGACUUCAAACUGCUUCACCAGGUCUGUAAUCUCUGUGGGAAAUGCAGGCCAAGGGACACUGACCUCCUGCAGCCAUCCUUGAAUUUUCUGUACUGGAGCCUUCAUCAAACAACACCUUGUAGUCAACAGAGAGCAGUGGCUGUGCUGCUCUCCAACGUGUCCUUGCUAGAUCUCCUGCAGAAGGUUUUGGAAUGCACCUGGCUGUGGUCCCCUCCUUCCAGACCUGCCUACCUGUCAUCUGAGGAUGCCUUGCUGUGCUCUGGAUGGCUGCUGGUGGCAUCCCUUUUGCUUUAUCAGCAUCGCUACAAUACUGAGGUUCACCAGACACUCUCUGUAGACCUUACAGAAGUCCUGAAUGCAGUCAUCUUCAGGAAUAAGAAGCCAAUCCUGCUGUUAGUGAGCAUCAUGCAGUUCCUGAGGGCUGUCCUGCGACAGAACUUCUCCUCCUCCCUGCUGGUGAUUGUUGGCCAAAACACAGCCCCAAGUGCCACUCAACCACAGCCAUCAUCACUGCAGGACACUGCCCUGCACCCCCUUGCCAUGCAGCAGGUCUCCUCGCUUGUUGUCAGUCUGCAGAACCUUCUGGUGCAUGUCCAGUUGCAGAAAGACUUGCUGCUCUCUCAGGCAGUGGUUGCCUGCCUAGAAACCUUAGUGGAAUACCUGUAUGUGAAGAACCAGGAUGUUGCUCUGCACGUUGCUUCGCAGCCAUGGCACCGAUUCCUGCUCUUCACACUGCUCAGUGGGGGCCAGAAGUCCUUUCUGCAGCCAGAAGUUCUCAGGCUGAUGACUUUGUUUGUGAGAUAUCAGAGCAGCAAUAUUAUUUCUCAAAAAGAAAUUAGCCAGAUUAUUCAAGAGGCAGCAGAAGCCAACAUAGCAGAGCUGCCUGAGGCCACAUCUCAUGCUCUUCACCUCUUCCUUUGUCAGAUUCAGAAUAGUCAUUACCAGGUGGAGCCAGAACAGUCAGGGAUCAUUCAGACCUUGCUGGAUCAGCUCCUGGGACAGAGGACCAUGUGUGUAAAGCAUCAGGACAUUGUAUGUCUGGGAAGCGUGGCAGUGUCCCUGUCACACAUUGGAGAUUGA